GCUUGUCUUCCCUGCUCUAUCUAUAACAUCUCUAUGUUUUAAAUACACUACACUAUACAUAUUAAAUGUCAAUUGUUUUCUGUGCAAGGAAAUCGUAACCAAAAAUUUUAUGUCAAACCAAUCAUUAAAAUAAGUAUAUAGUCAACUUAAAAUCAUCGAUUUACGAAAUUAUAUUUAAAAAUGUCAAUCGUAGGAACACAAAUUGACAGUGAUAAAAGAUUAUUAAAAUUCAAAAAUUAUGAAGAUUAUUUGGAUUCUCUGGUAACAUUUGUUGACCUUGGAUAUAUAGGAAAUCUUUAUACCGCGCGUCAAUUAGCCGAACUCGGAUAUCGUUGUACAGGCGAGACUCUUAACGAAGAUGCAUUCUAUCGACGUUUGAAAGCUGUGAGAGAUUUGCUAUUUCCGAUCUAUAAACCUUACGAGUUAACGUCAGAAUUUGUAACACCGAGCAACGCAGUAAUGCAAGAACUUGCGCUUCGCGAACGUUUAAAUAGACUAAAAAUCGUAUCCACUAUUAUAUUCGUAAGAAAUAUGACGAAACUUCAAUUUGAGAUCUCUGGUUACAUUGACUUUAGUGAGAGACUCGAAAAAGAAAAUUGGCUUCCAUAUUUUCAAGGGAAAAAGAAACUAUGGCCUCAAGCAUCUGAUCUCGCGUAUUAUCACUGGAGAAGAAACAAAACGUGUUUAAAUGAAACUUGUAAUUAUCAACCAAUUAUAGAUCCAAAACAAGGUCUUAGAUUCAAAUACUGCCAUGAUAGACAUGUAAUUACCGUGGAUCCUAAAUUACCCACUCCAGGCGUGAAUACGACAAGAGUAAGAGUGCGUUGUCCAGAGUAUGAACAUGUAAUAUUAUAUGAUCAUCUUAAUCGAAGUAAAAGCCACAUUUAAG